AUGUUUAGAUCAUAAGAAAUGAGUUAUUUUUAGUUAGUUAUGCCUUAAGACAGUGCAUGGACUAUAAUGGAUUAAUUAGGAUAUCUAAGUAAAGUUGAAAUUAUAGACCAUAAUCCUAAUGAAGCCCUAAUCAAUAGACCAUUUGCUAAUUAUGUUAAAAGGUAAAUCAAUUUUUAUCAAAAUAUUAGAUGUGAUGAUUUGAUAGUAAAAAUAGAGAAUAUGUUAUAAGUAGCAAAAAAUUUAAAUUUGCUAUCUAAUUAUAAGAAAGGAAAUUUGAAAUAGUUUACCAAUCAAGUAUUCCAUAUAAUAUAAUUAUUGUUUAUAGCAAAAUUCACACUCUCAUACUUAUCUUGACAAGAUUGAAGAAGACAUAAACAAAAAAACUUCAUCUUUUCAAGAAUAAAAUAAACAUCUUGAAUAACUUAUAGAUUAAUCUGAAUAUAUUCAAAAUUACAUUGAAAUUUUAAUAGAGAGUAGAAAAUAUUUGGGUGAACAAGUAUUUCAAAAUUAAUAAAUAUCUAAAUUUGAAUGUUAAGUUGGAAUACUAAAAAAUUUAGAAUAACUAUAGUAUUUAUGUGUAGUAGAAUAGAUUCCAUCGUGUAAUAUUUAGAGUAACAAAAGGAAAUUCCAUAGUUUAUUUAAAGAGAAUGAAUGAAAAACAAUCAAUUUUCAUUGUUUUAUUUCCAAACAUAGGAAAUUAUGGAAAAUAAAAAAUUUAAAAGAUUGUGGAAUAAAUAUCUUAAGGAAGAUUUACUUUACCUUAGAGUCAUUAGGAAUUUGAAAAAAAGUUAAAUGAACUGUAAACGAAACAAGCUGAAUAUAUUAAUGUAAUAAACAAUACAGAAUAUAGCUUAUAUAAAUGACUUAGAAUUAGUUGUGUUAAUGCAUAUCAAAUAUGUUGGUUCUCAGAAAUGGAUUACCACUUAUAGAAUUUUAUAAGUUUUACUUAAUUAAAGAAAAGGAUCUCUAUAAAGAAUUGAAUAAAUUAAAAAUGCAAGGAAGACUAUUUCUAGGGGAAUUAUGGGUGCCAACAAAGGAUAUUUACUAUUUAGAAUAAACCUUAUAAAACAUAAAAGAACAGCAAACUAAUAAUCCUGGAGGUUAAUUAGGUUAAAAGAAUCCACCUGAUUUUCUUUAGAAACCAACAUAUUUCAAGUUAAAUGAAUUUACUUAAAUAUUUUAAGAAAUAGUUAAUACAUAUGGAAUUCCAAGAUAUCAAGAAAUUAAUCCUGCAAUAAUAACAAUAAUUACAUUUCCAUUUUUAUUUGGAGUAAUGUUUGGAGAUAUAGGUCAUGGAUUUGUAUUAUUUAUGUUUGGAUCAUAUUUAUGUUUAUUUAAGGAUAAAUCAUUCUAUAAUUUAAGAUAUCUAAUAUUAUUGAUGGGUUUAUUUAGUUUUUAUUCAGGAUUAAUUUAUAAUGAUUAUUUGAGUUUAUCUUUAAAUCUAUUUUAAACUUGUUUAAAAUCAGAGGAGAAAUGUGUAUAUCCAUUUGGAAUAGAUCCAAUGUGGGGAGGUCAUUUAGAAUUUAAUGACUCAUUUAAAAUGAAAUUAAGCAUAAUAAUUGCAUUUUGCCAUAUGUUAUUAGGUGUUACUUUGAGUGGUUUAAAUUAUCUAUUUUUGGGAGAUUGGUUAAGAUUAUCUUGUAAAUUUAUACCAUAAUUAUUAUUUUUGAUAUGUACAAUUGGAUAUAUGGUAUUUUUAAUAAUAUACAAAUGGUUGAAUCAUUUUGAGCCAUAAAAUGCCCCAAGCAUAAUAACUACAAUGAUAUCAAUGAUUUUAAAUUUAGGUAGAAUAUCAGGUCCUUAAAUGUGGGAAGGAGAUUCUUAAGAUUAUGUUUAAUAUUGUCUAUUAUGUAUGUUUAUUAUAUAGUAUUUAGUAAUAACAAUCAUGACAAUACCUUGGAUGUGGUUUUCAUCAAUUAUUAGUCAUUUGCUUUAAUAUGGGAAUAAUCAAUAAAAUGAAGGUAAACGUAAGACUCACAGAAUAGAUUAUGGAUAAUUAAUAGAAGAGCCAGGAAUAGAGAUGACCUAAACUCAUUCUUUUAGUCAUGAAUAGAUAGAUUCAAAAUACAACUAGCCAAAUGUAGAAACAUAAGAAUCGACAAUCUUUAUUAAAUCAAAAGAUAAUUCUCAUUAAGGUAUCUAAGAUCUUAUUGUUCAUGAAACAAUUGAAACAUUAGAAUAUGUCCUUGGAGUUAUAUCAAAUACAGCAAGUUAUUUAAGAUUAUGGGCAUUAAGUUUAGCUCAUUCAUAACUUUCAGAAGUUUUCUUUGAAUUGUUAUUAGUACAACCAAUAAAUCAUGGAUAGCCAAUUAGUUUAAUGAUUGGAUUUCUAUUCUGGGCUUUGAUUACUUUUGGGGUAUUAAUGUGCAUGGAUAGUAUGGAAUGUUUUUUACAUUCUUUAAGAUUACAUUGGUAAAGAUUGUUCAUUAUUAUUUAGGGUAGAAUUUUAGAAUAAGUUUUAUAAAGGAGAUGGAGUUUAGUUUAAGGUGUUUUCCUUUAGAGAUAGAAUUAAAGAAAGUAUCAAUUUAGAAUCUUAAUGA